AUGGGUGUUCCAGGCUUCUAUAGAUGGGUCACUCAACGUUACCCUCUUGUAAGAAGGAGGAUGAAUGAUCCAGCGAGGCCAAAAAUUGAUUAUUUUUAUAUAGAUUUCAAUUGUAUUAUUUAUAAUGCGCUUAGGUCAAUUAGUAUGUCUUCUGGAGGAACAAUACUACAAUUAUUUAACGAAGUAUGCCGAUAUUUAGAUGUUUUAGUACAAGUCAUUAAGCCACAAAUUGUUUUAUUCAUUUCAGUUGAUGGUCCAGCUCCAUUUGCCAAAUGCACUCAGCAAAGAUCUCGUAGAUUUGUUGCAGCACGUGAUAGUGUUGGUGCUGCAUUCAAUACAACAGCAAUUUCCGUUGGUACAACUUUUAUGGAAGAUUUACAUCAACAUUUACUCGAAUACUUCAAGAGAAAAGUAAAUUCCGAUAGAGCUUGGUCUACUCCUCAGUUAAUUUACAGCUCACAUCGUACUCCUGGCGAAGGAGAACAUAAAUUCUUCAAUUACAUUCGUGAAAUUCGAAAAACCGCCGAUUACGAUCCAAACUCAACACACUGUAUCUACUCACCCGACGCAGAUCUUAUUUUCUUAGCUUUACAAUCCAAAGAAAAAUAUAUUUAUAUUAUGAGAGAAUGGGAUGCCUGGGUUGGUCCCAAUGAGAAUGUAGGCAACGGAAAACUCGCGAAACUCAAGACAGGAGCCGAUGAUUUUGAGUUAUUACAUUUACCAAUAUUAAAAGAGUAUCUUUCCUACGAUUUCCCUGGUAUUCCUUUAUCCAACCUUGUUGAUGAUUUCGCCGGUUUCUCUUUCUUGAUCGGAAACGACUUCAUUCCUCAUUUCCCUGAUGUAAUCAUUCAACACGGCGACUUUGACCAAGUUGUCAUUGCUUAUCAGAAGUCACUGCUCGAGACGAAGCAGUAUUUGAUCGUUGACGGCAAGUUUAAUAAGCCUGCCCUUCAGAUUUUCCUUCGUUCUGUUGUUCAUCAACUCAAGAACAAAUCUAAGAAACAAGAAAAGGCAGAACAAGACAAACAGAUGCAAAAUUACUUGAAAACAGCACGAACAUACAUCAGUGAAAAGUAUCCAGAGGAAACAAAGAGAGAUCCAGAAUUUGAGAAGAAACUAUCAUUUUCAGUUCUUGACUCAUUCGACUGGGUUCUUGAAUAUUACACAGAAGGCUGUCCUUCAUGGACUUGGUGUUUCCAAUACUUUUACGCACCACCUCUCAUCAUCGUUUCAGAGUAUGUUCUUGAACACUCUUCACAUUUCGAACUAUCUCGACCACCACUUCCAUUCGAACAACUUUUGUGCAUUUUACCACCACAAUCAGCAAACCUUCUUCCAUCAGCACUUUCAUCAUUAAUGUUCAGUCCAUCACCUAUCUCAUCAUACUACCCUACAUCAUUCAGUAUCGAUUUGAACGGUCGUGCCGUUGAACACGAAGGUGUUGUUUUAAUUCCAUUUGUUGAUGUUGAGAAAGUUCGAGAACUUGUUUCUUCCAAUCUUUCCAAACUUGGACCAAACGAAACCGAGCGAAACACUAUUAUUCCAUCAUAUAUCAUUUCAUCUGAAGGUGAAGUUCCCUUUGAUGUCACAUUUCCACGACCAAAAUCAACUAAGUCAUAUUGUAUUCCACCCGGCUUACCACUCUUCAGCAAUCCUCCUAUGCCUAUGAGUAUCAUUCGCACAGUUGUUCCUGUCAACAUCUUCCAACGUCCAAGUCAAGGCGAAUCAUUGCUUAUUUCCGUUGAUUGUAGCCGCUACGAAGAAUUUCCACCCAUGGGCCUUUCUGAUUUCGAAGAUCCAGGUGAAGUCCUUGGUAAAGUUGUUCUUGUCAACUGGCCAUUCUUACGUCCCUGUUUAGUUUGUCAAGUUGGUGACUGUGCCGGUGCAUUAUCUAUCAGCAAAGAUGGAUCCAUCUGCGCGAUUCCAUCACUUAGUACAGAGUUUUGUAACAUGAUCUACAAGUACAAGAAAGAUUACGCACUUGAUGUUAAACAGUGCAAAGUCAUUCUUGGUGUUCGUUUACUUUGUAUCUCUAAUUCGGGUGAGACUCGCUUCACAUUCGCCAACGAAAUCACAUAUGUUCCAUUUGAACUUUGUGUUCCAGUUUCUAAGACUAACACAUUGGAACGAUUUUUCACAACACAGAACAUUGAAUCACUUCGAGAAGGUAUGAAAGUUGUUGUUACUUGUGGUGAAUACUCAGGAAAUGUCGGUGUUAUUCAACAGAUCAAAGGCGACGGAGUCGAUGUUAAAAUUUUUAAACGUAUCUAUCCAACAAGUAUGAAACAAGAAUUUGAAGGAAGUCGUGAUAACUGGGUUAGCUACGACAGUGUUCUUCAAGAAUUUGGUGUUGAUCCUAGUCUUUUCCACGCCGCACUCAGUUCUCUUCCAGUUUCACGUGAAAAAGAUUUGAAUGUUGCAUUGACUCUUUUCUACGACGACAAAUUUUUAGAAGGAUUUGUUAAUUAUAGUGGUAAGACAUUGCAACUUUCUAAAGAAGCUAAAUUCAUCAUCGCUGAGUAUUUCAAACGAUCGGGUAAACUUUUAGAUUUUUUGCGAAAUUACGAUGAUUCACGCGAAUUAAAAUUUGUUGACAAAACAGAUCUUUUCGAUGGAUCUCCGAGUGAAGUUGACCGAAAGACACGAGAACUUGUCCAGUGGAUCCGCGAAGUCAGUAAGACAUCGAAAUUCUACUUAGUUGACAACAAAUACAUGACAAUCGAACAGAGUACAUUAGAGAGUUUGGAGCGUCUUCUUAUUGGUUCACGUAUUGAAGAUGAAGAAAUAUGCGAAGUUACAAUACCUAUUAGUUCUAUUUUGUCACGUGGUAUGCAGAAAAGCGAAAACCAAUCAGCAGCUAUUUCUAACCGUGUUAUUUGUAUUUCCGAAUGUGGUUCUACUCCAUUCGGCACAUUUGGUAGUAUUGUUGGUCUUGACCGCAAGAAGCGUGAAGCAUUUGUUUUGUCGGACGAGGUUCUUGAGUUCGGCACUAACAUGCGUAAGCGUCUUACCACUCUUCGAGGUUUUGUUGAGAAAAUUGAUGAUUUGUGGAUUAUUCAAUAA